CUAUUCAAUCGCGGUCAACGGGUUAAACCCGAUUUCCACGCUGAUCCGAAGGGAAAGAGGCUCAAAGGGAAAUGCCGCCGGUGGGUAAGGAAUCGGCUGCUAGAGAGAGGGCGUCGUGGAUAAAGGCUCUGAGACCGAGACAAAAGUGGAACAACAAAGACGAGUUUCUGGACGCACUCUACUGGCUUCGACAGGGACUGUGUCUGCUUCUCGGACUAGUCUGGGGGAUCAUUCCUCUUCAAGGCUACGUGGGGAUGACCCUUUUUCUAGCAGUCAAUGGAGGUGCGGUGUACAGCUACUGCGCCCUCUACCAGAGAGUGGAGGAAGAGGAGUAUGGAGGAAUAUGGGAGCUGCUCAAAGAAGGCUUCAUGACCUCUUUUGCCCUCUUUCUAGUGAACUGGAUCAUUAUGUACACUGCAUUGCAUCACAAUGUAUGACCAUCUUUUCAUAAUAAUAUUCACAACAACUAUGAUAAAUCAAUCACUAGAAAUUGAUAUAGCAAUGCCUAUAAAAUAGCUGGGGAACUUGAAUUAUGUGGUUAGUAACAGCAGGUUAGUCUUCCUUGGCAGUUUUGGGUCGAGGGAGGUAGAUGCCACUAAACAGAGUGCUGCAGACCAACCAGACGAGGUGCAUAAUCCAGUAGACCCAAAUGUGGGACAGAAUGGUGUAGAACAGGAACACGAAAACCGGCCAGCUCUUGUAGAUGGCCCACACCAGGAGUGACUUUUUCUUCACGUCUCCUUCCUUUCUCCCCUCCUUCUUCAUGUCCACCUUCUCCGUAUCUUCCUCCACGACUUCGUCUUCCUCUCUCUUGACUGGCGGUGACUGGGUGCCAGCUGCAGCUGAGGAAACUGCAGGUUUCUUUCUUGGUGGUGUUGAUUCUCCGACUACUUCAUCCUCUGUGGCUUUAGUCACCGUCUCUUUCGCAGUUUUCUUUUUGUUGGCAGGAGUAGCAACGGUUGGUUCUUGAGGUGUUUCUUGUGCUGGUGUGUCUUUCUCUCCCGGCAUUUCUGGCAGCUCGGUUGGUCUUUCUGGCUCGUCUUCUGUAGUCAUUUUUGGAGGCUCUUCAGUUACUUUAACUGUCUGUGGUUCCACUGUUUCAUUCGCCUCUGGUGGCGGUUCGGUCGGUGCAUCAGCUCCCUCUGAUGGCUCCUCUUGUGUCUGUGAUUCCACUGGCUCUUCCGGCGGAGAAUUCUCUUCUUCCUUCACUUUAGUCUGCUCAGUAGCAGUUUCUGGUUCAGAUGUUUGUUGUGUUGGUUUCUGGCUCUCUUCUGCCUUCAAUGGUGGUUGGGCGGGUGCCUCUUUCCUACCAUCUUUUCGUUUGUCCUCUUCUUCCCUCUUGUCUUCUUCCUUCUUUUCUCCCGCUGACUUCUUCUUGUCGUCCUUUUGCUCAGUCGAAGGGUCCACUACAGAGUAUAGUGCAUCCCAGAUGAGUCUGUCCUGUGCAAGCACAUCCACAAGGGUGUGGGGAGCCCCUGACGAUUUGUCGGAAUUGGCAAUCAAGAGAUGGAGAUUGAGUCUAGGGACCGUGUACAUCCGAAUCACGUUGUGCAACACGGCCAUGGCAUUAGAGGGUAGAAACGGAGCUAGACAUCUGUCUUCCUUGCUACUUGCUUUCCCGCCACCUCGAGGACAGUUGAACCACCACCCGUACAAAAAGUGCCCGCCGUCCACCGGGUGUAAGUCUGACUUGGAGACCUCAAAAAAGUUGACCAUGUCGCUGCCCAGGGCCUCUGCGUAUCUGGCCACGUCCUUCAAGUGUGUGAGCAUCUGUCCCUUGUCGCUGAACACGGAGUAGUCCAUAGCUACCGAUAUGAGUGCGUCUCUCCAAGCAUCCUCUGCAACAGUACCUAAGACCGUGGUGAGAUAGAAAAAGGCGGCCUUGCCCCGUCUGUUUAGCUCCGGGAGGAGGGUGGGCGAGUCUAGGUCGACUGAAUUACCACUCUGCGGUAGUUUAGUUGUCAGGUCGUGCAAGCUGAAGGAGAGGUAGUCCUUAACACUGCUGUGUUCUCUGUGUUUUCCCCUCAGAACAUCUCCCAUGGGAUUUGUGAGUAGUUCCGGCUUGUAGCCCUCCAAAAGGAUUGGUAGUGUUGUAGACAGGAUGGGCAGGAGGACGGCGUGCGGGAGAAGAAAGGUGGAGUUGAACUGGAUCCCCUCCGCCGCUCUCUGCGACAGGACAGUCGAGCCUUUGACGAGGAAGGCGCUCACGUGAGCUUCGUCAUUGAGGACUUUCCUCAGGUUCUCGUUCAUCUUGGCGGUCUUGCGUUUCAGCUCCUCGGGCGGGGCCUGAAGAAAGAGCUCCAGUUUCCCGCUGAUGUCAUCGCCUCUCUUGGGCAGGUGGGCCUUCAGAUGCUCCACUGGCUCGUGUUCUAUUGGGGACUGACCACGUGUCGAGGUCGACAGCAGCAACAGAUAGAUCGUCAGAGCCGGCAGACUCGCCAAUACACUGCUGUGGUGCACAGGCAUUGCUACAGCAGCCCGAAUAAGUGUAAUCCUUGACUUCCUAGGCAAUGACCAGACCACAGCUGCAGAGAGUGUCGUCCAUCAUCAUCAUCCCAAAAAACGAGGUGCGCAUGCGCGCGUUUGGUGACCACGCCUUCUUUGUGCCACAAGAGAGAGGCGUGGCCAAAGACCGAUUGCUGGAUUAGGCCCUUCAAUUCUGAUUAGCGCUGUUGGCACUGCUGAACUCCAUGUUUACGCUUGUCGGGUGGCAUGGAUAAUUCGGAGGAAUCAACGUCAAUCGAGCUCAAGACCAUGAACGAGUACGGAGCCAGGGACGUCUCUCCCAACUCGAAUGGCGGGGCUGCGGGCCCCAAAGGGAACGGAGGCGGUGAAGAAGACGACAUAGACAAUUUUCAGUUGGUGGAGCCUACGGAGACCCCCGAGAGCAGCGAGGAGGGCGAGGAAGGGAAGAACGGGAAGAAGAAGGCGCGGGAGGUCUGGGACAACAAGGUCCAGUUCAUUCUGACGUUGGUGGGGUAUGCUGUCGGCCUGGGGAACAUCUGGCGGUUCUCUUACCUCACCGCCAAAAACGGAGGAAGUGCCUUCAUGAUCCCCUACCUGGUCAUGCUGUUCCUGCUGGGCAUCCCCCUGUUCUACCUCGAGCUACUCCUGGGGCAGAGCCUGCGAAAGGGCCCCGUUCUCACCUGGCACAAGCUUCUCCCCAACUUCACCGGAGUCGGAAUCGCCUCCGUGGUCGUCAUAGUCUACAUUUGCCUGUACUACAACGUCAUCAUUGCCUGGGUGAUCUUCUACUUCUUCAAGUCCUUCCAGAGCCCCCUUCCCUGGGCCAAGUGUGACGGAUUCGACGUUCUCAAGAAGGACCUCUCGGACGUACUGGUCAACUACACUGGGAAUGUUGGCGAACUGGAGAGCUGCUUCAAUGAGUCCACAGAGUAUUACUGGUACACUAGUGCGGUGGGGGCCAGCACAGACAUAGCCAGCGCAGGUGUCUUCAACUGGAAGAUGUUCCUGUGCCUCAUGGCUGCCUGGGUGCUCAUCUAUAUUGUUUAUUUCACGGCCACGUUUCCCUACCUCAUUCUGAUGUGUCUGUUCUUCAGAGCUGUCACACUGGACGGAGCAGGAGAUGGUAUCAGGUUCCUCUUCCUCCCCGACAAGGGUUUCCAGGUCUUUAUUGCAGGGUUCUCCCCUUCGUUAAUGUGCAGGUGGGCCAAGUUGUUCAGCCCGCAGGUGUGGCUGGAAGCGUCCACUCAGAUCUUUUUCUCCCUCGGAGUAGCCACCGGAGCCCUCAUUGCCCUAUCCAGCUACACCAAGCCUCACUACAAUGCCCUCACAGACUCCCUCAUCGUCUGCCUCAUCAACUCGGCCACCUCCAUCUUCUCCGCCAUUGUGGUGUUUAGUAUCAUCGGGUUCAAGGCCAAACAGACCAACAUUAACCUGAAUGAAGAAUUGGUCUCAGACGGUCCUGGUCUCGCAUUCGUAGUGUUCACGGAGGCCAUUAUCCACAUGCCACUGUCCCCUCUCUGGGCCGUCCUGUUCUUCAUCAUGCUCAUGUUACUGGGAGUGGACAGCCAGUUUGCCACUGUUGAGGGGUUGAUUACCGUCAUGAGAGACAUACGCUUCUUCAAGAAACUCCGCAAGGAGCUGCUUGUCGCCAUGAUCUGCGUGGUCAUGUUUCUGCUGAGUUUCCCGUUUGUCUUGGGCAACGGAGUCUACCUGUUCCAGCUGUGGGACCAGUUCUCUGCCACCUUCCCUCUCCUCCUCAUCGGCUUCUUCGAGUUCAUCGCCAUUGGCUGGGUCAUCGGGGUCAAGAAUUUCUUCAACAACGUCACCACAAGGAGAGUCACUCCACGAAUGAUGAUAUUCUGGACCGUCAUGUGGAAGUAUGUGACUCCACUGGUCAUGAUUGUCAUAUUCUUUGGAGCCAUGAUCUCGGAGCUGGUCAACCCACUGCAAUAUGUUUCCUAUUCUGAUGGUAAUGAAACCAGAGUGGACUACCCCAGCUGGGCCCAGUUCGUAGGCUGUGUCAUUGUCCUCACGUCUGUCCUGUGCAUGCCAGUCUACCUCAUCGCCCGUCUCAUUCUCUUUGAGAGUGGUCGGGAAGAGGCCCUCGUCUUCAUCCGCCAGCAGGUCAAGGACGGGGAGGAGCUGCUCGCCUCGCUCAAACGGCUUCCUCACAGAACUCUCUCGUUCCUGCGCUCGCUGCGACUGAAGAGCCAGUCAUGGUCGAGACACAGUGACGAGGGGUCGGAGGACAUCGACGGGCAGGAGGACCUGUCAGUGCCGUACUCGCGAGCCAAUGGGACACCUGUUCUCGGGUCCUACGGGACACAGAUUACCCAGGAAACUUCAAAUUGAUGACUACUGUCCACUAUUGAUUCCUCUUAUGUGUCUCUUUAUCGCCGUCAUUGUGUGGCAUAAGGUGUAAAAAUUCAAUUUUAAUUUGAUUAUGCAAUUAGCAUUCUCGUCACUCACACUGUGCGUCAUGGUCAGACAGCAUUGUUUGGCCCAUGAAGUACGAGGUAUUCAUGAAUGGUGGUACUAUGAACCACC